CUUUUACCUCAUCGCCUUCUCCGCUAUGUCUGGCUUCUUCACAAAUCUGUUUCAAUGGUUCAGCGGGCUGUUCUUCUCCAAGAAAGCGGAAAUAUCCGUUGUUGGUCUUCAGGCAUCUGGGAAGACUUCGUUUGUAAAUGUCAUUAGCUCAGGUCAGUGGAGCGAGGACGUCGUGCCGACAGUAGCCUUCAACCUGAGGAAGGUGAGGAAAGGAAACGUGACUUUCAAGAUUUGGGACGUUGCUGGGCAACCAAAGUUCCGCUCGAUGUGGGAGCGGUAUUGUCAUGGUGUUGAUGCUGUAGUUUUUGUCGUUGACUCAACAGACCAAGAGAAGUUCGAGUCUGCCCGUUUUGAACUUCACUCGCUAUUGAAUCAACCAGCUCUCUCCGGUGUACCAUUACUCGUCCUCGGAAAUAAGAAUGACAUCGAUGGACAUGCUCCUGUGAAUGAGCUGAUUCGAUCGCUGGAACUGAGUAAGAUCCAAGGACGACCUGUCUCCUGUUAUUCCUGUUCUAUGAAGAGCCAACACAAUCUAGAUAUUGUGAUGCAGUGGCUUGCUGGCCGCAGCCAUUGAUCUCAUUCUCCCAUGUUCUCCACAUAUUCCUCGCCCCUCGCCUCUACCUCUCCCUCCAACGCGUUGCACCUCUGUCAUCUUACCCUUCCACUCGCUCGAUAUACUCUCACGCCGAUUCCCUCGUACCUUUCAUAACACCAUCUAACAAUCCUUUACAUCGUCUCCUCUGUCUGUUUGUAUCUUACUUAGC